GAAAACUUCAGUCUAUUGCAGGACCUCGACCAGACUAGUUGGAAAAGCUCUCCGAAGCGCUACGGUGAACAGUAGCAGCCUUACAUAAUGGAUGGAGAUAAUUCACAAAAGUGGAAAAAGGAGUGUUCUUAAUUGUGCGAUUUGAUCGAAAAUUAUGUGUUUCCGGGUUCUGAUUCUAAUGUGAAAAUGAUCGAUUAGCAAAGUUCUAGUGAUGGGAUAGUUUCAAAACAGAAGAAAGUGCAAAAUUCAACGAAAAUGAGAAUUCAGCGAGGAAAAUGAAUCGUAGCAGAGCGACAUUUGAAAUUGCAACUCACAAAAUGGAUAAAGUAAAACAUCGAUUGUUCGUUAAUUACCACCUAUAGCUUUACAAAAGAAUCAGUUGUCGUUAAUAAAGUGGUGUAAUCAUUCACAUCACAAAAGAAAAUAAAAAAGAAAACUCAUAUCACUAUCGGAUCACAUUGAACGAAGAAAUCAUCACGACAAAGGCUUCCACCACUAGCAGAUGAAACACUAUAUGCUAUAGACGUAAAAGAGGAUAAUCAUUUCCAGUUAACUACUAACUUACGGCAAUCGCUCGAACCUCCCGCUCGUUAAAGAUUACACGUGUGGGUGGGUGUGUCUCCGCUUGUGGGCGAGCGAGUUGUAACCCUUGUCCCGGGUCCGACUUCGCAGGAAAAGUGCUUUAAUUGAUCCGAUUGACAUCCAGCCAGCCAGCCCCAGAGUACCAGCCACAGCGCGUGAUGGCCGAACAACAGCAGCGUGAUUCCCUGUGUCCUCGGUUGAUUGACUAUUUGGCGAUUGUGGGCGCCCGGUCGGCGGUCGUUACCACCCGGCCAAGUGCGGGCGGCAAUGCGACAUCGGCGGGAGUAGCCGGUGCCGGAAGCGGCCCGGGAGGAAUGCAUGCAACUGGGCCAAACUCGGCGCCGCCGGUGCAGAUCCCGGAGCUACUAAGACGCUACCCGCCCACGGAUCACGCGGAUUUUCCCCUUCCGCUGGACAUGGUGUACUUUUGCCAGCCCGAAGGCUGCGUCAGCGUGGGCCCACGAAGGACGGGGUCAGCCGUGCGGGAUGCUACGUCAUUCGUGUUCACGCUGACCGAUAAGGAUUCGAGCAAAACGCGCUAUGGGAUUUGCGUUAAUUUCUACCGGCCGGUGGAAAAGUAUGUGGCGGGUGUCGGUGGAACGGGUAAUCCUUCCGGGAGCCGGAAAGGACGCAAUUCGACCUUUCGGCGGGAAUCUUGGAGGAAAAGCAUGGAAAAGAGCUCGGACUCGGCCUUUUCCAGUGACUACAGAAGUAGCAAUAUAGCACCGAGUGACUCGUCCGACCGAGAUUGUCCCAGUCGGAGGGAUUCCGACCCUCCAAAUUCCUCGAUAUAUCAUGGAGGGUCUCAGCAGCAGCAAACCAGGCUAGGAGUGACGGGUCCGUCGGCAGAUUCCGAGUCCGGCGGAAGUCAUUCUCCGUCGCCUCGUGCAUCUAGGAAGCGAUCGAAAAUUCGAAGUCAUUCCCUCACAUCGCUGUGCAUCCUGUCGCAUCACCCGUUCCUGUCGACCUUUCGGGAGUGUUUGUUCAUAUUGAAGAAGUUGAUCGACGCCUGUAACGAUGCUUCCAGUCCGAAACGGGUCGGAGCUUCCCGCCAAAGUGGUAAGGACAGUGUGUGGAACGUGCUGACCAGCCAGGCUACCGAAUCGACGCCAUCGGUUGUGCUGCACGAUGUGAAAGAAAUAGAGACUUGGAUAUUGAGACUGCUGUCGGCACCGGUUCCAGUUCCUGGUUCUACAAGGGUAGAGGUCGAAAUCCUUUCGCCAGUUAUCCAUCAACCGUUGGCAUUUGCCUUACCCGACCAUACCCGUUUUACGUUGGUGGACUUUCCACUGCAUCUUCCGUUAGAGCUCCUGGGCGUGGACACUUGUCUCAAGGUGUUGACUCUCAUCUUGUUGGAGCACAAAAUCAUCAUCCAGUCGCGGGACUAUAAUGCCCUAUCCAUGUCCGUGAUGGCUUUGGUGCACCUUAUCUACCCUUUGGAGUAUAUGUUUCCUGUGAUCCCGCUGCUGCCGACCUGUAUGGGGAGCGCCGAACAGUUGUUGUUGGCGCCCACUCCUUACAUCAUCGGACUGCCGGCUACCUUUUUAAUGUAUAAGAAAAAUUUUAGACUUCCGGAUGAUAUUUGGUUGGUAGAUUUGGACUCGACCCGGCUAACGCCGGCAUCUGGUGAACCCGAACAGGUUCCACCACUUCCGGAACCGGAAGGCACCAUACUCAAGAACCAUUUGAAACAGGCUAUGCAACUAAUGGAUCAGGCAGGAGUUGGUGCUUUAACUUCUAUGACUACAAGCAAUCAAGCUAGCACGGUACCGUCUGGCCUCUUAGCCAGCCAGCCCGGUUCAACUCGUGAGAGCUUCAGUGGACCAAACAUUCCUCCUCAAACCUUCCCUCAGCCUUUACAAGUGCCAGGAUCAGCAAGCAAUAGCCAGCGGAGCUCGUUCUCGGGAGCGGCAGGAACACCCCGUCAACCGAGCCCCGUUGGACCACCGCAACCGAAUCCCUUCCUGUACGGUACUGAUGUGGAUUCGGUGGACGUAGCGACUCGGGUCGCAAUGGUACGAUUUUUCAACUCACAAAACACACUUGCCAACUUUACGGAGCAUACGAGAACGCUGCGGCUGUAUCCGCGUCCCGUUGUGGCGUUCCAGAUCAAUAGCUUCCUCAGGUCUCGACCAAGAGCAUCCGCAUUCCUGAACCGCUUUGCACGAACACAAGCCGUCGAAUGGCUGGCCGAAUGGUCACUCACGCCCAACAACGUGGCUUUCCUGAGAGUACAGACCGGUGUGUUGGAUCCAGCUCAAGUCGGCGAUAAGCCGAAGUGGUACGCACACACGCUAACCCCGAUUAAGUUCCCGGUGUGGGAUAAUACGGGUUCGCUGAAUGGAGCCCUCAAAGGCAUGCAACAACUGGAAAGCCAGCCCACAGACGAGAGCGGGUCGGAUUCAGAAAAUGCAGAGAGUACCAGCUCGUCGUAUUCUUCGUUGAGCGAUUUCGUUUCCGAAAUUGCGUCCUCGGAUCUCUCGCCCAGCUUGCAUGACGUCUACGGAAACCAACAUCAUGUGCACGUUGCUCCGAAAACCUUAUCUUCCAAUCUCGAUCCGAAGCUGGUGUAUCGGCCACCGAGUUCGCUGCGAUACCCCGAGGGCAUGAAACCUCCGCAACCGGAAGCUGACGAUGCCGAUCGACCGGACUCACCGACAUCGACAUCGUCAAGCCGAUCGGACCUCAGUAGCCCUCCAGAUUCGGAAUGCGAGUUCAACCCGAAGGCAAGAGCCGAGAUGCAGGCAGCCCAGAAGACGACCAAGGAAGCAACGGGCAGCUUCGAGAAUGAGUCUGAUUCGAACUCGACUACUACACCGAAGACGAUCGUCUCCAAAGAGAGUAGCGGUUCCUUAGAUGCGGAAGGCAAGCGUAACCGACUAGGGAAGAUACCGCCUCCGUUGUCGCCGAAUCUUGGACGGCAGACCAGCGGAAGUAACAUUCUAGCGAGAACUUCCAGUUCGGGUUCAACGGGUUCUAGUGGGCACCCACCCUCACUUGGAUCGGCAGGAUCGCAGCGUCAGAGCUCUCAAGGAUCACUCUUUGAGGUUCUGACUUCACAGGCCAAGGAGCUGGUGCGUGAAACCACUCGGCAGAGCAGUCAAGACGGUUUGCUAGCGCAUGUGGACAAGUUCAAAGAACAAGCCAAAGAGUUAAAGGAACAUGCGGAAGAGGAAAUGAAAAUUCUCGCACCAUUAGAACAGUUGACUCUACAAGCGAAGAAAGCGGCUGAAGAAGCAUCCAAACAGGCGCUGGAAGCAUCAAAGCAGGCGGCUGGAGUUAGCAAGAACACCCUCGAUGAUCUGACCUACGUAGGCAAAUCAACACUAGGGGAUCUAACGAAGACGGCCAAAGAAGCGGCAGCCAAGAAAGGCUUACUGCAUCAAGGCAGCCAGCAGAAUCUUCAAAGCCAGCCCACUGUAUCACCUUCGGGAAGUGCUGUAGCCACUACGAAUCAAUCGCUGUUCUCGUCUAUCACCAGUGACUUCAAUGGAAUCGCUCAAUCGACUUCCAGUAUGUUUUCGGAUCUGUUCGGAAAUAAACCGAACAAACAGGCAGCUCAACAGCAGGCGCGGGCCGCUGCUGGUAACAUGCAGCCUAGUGCCAACCAAAAGCAAAGCAAAAUCAAGGAUAAACUGUCCUUUGAUCCUUUCCCCGGUCGUAAGGGUUUGGUGGAACGCACUCCACUGAUCAAGCAUUCCGGACCGAAGCAAACGCAGGAGGAGAUUCAACGGAUACAGAACGCCGAGAGAUCUUCCAGUAAUUCCGAAAAUCAGGCAUUCUUGAAGGACUUGGUCAACCAGGUACUCGCGGGCGAGGGAGUUGGUUGGCUGAAACUGAAUCGGCUUAAAAAGCUGAUGGAGGACGAGUCGUAUCGGAUGCUGGUACUGGGAAAGCUGAACAAAACCUUGGAACGGAAGAUUGGGCCUGACGAUCAUAUAGACGACGUGUGCAUAACGAAACCAGUUUACAAAGGAACGCUGAAAUGCCUGCUGGCAAUAACGCAUGGGCUGGAGAACACGGUUGCCAACUUCGGACUCGGCGGUAUGGCGUCGGUAUUUCAAAUGAUGGAGAUUGCUCACACACAUUACUGGAGUAAGGAUCUGUCGGACAACACGACAGACCUGUCGGCCAGUUUGCUGUCUAGCCGGUCCGUGAGCCCCAUGGGAAGCCGAGAGAACCUACGUUCACCGCCCAGUCCUUCCGAGCCGGGUGACUGGAAUUCCGUGGCUGGUUCCCGCAAGAAUUCUUCCGUGCUGAACGAACCUGUGAUAUCGCGUCGACCGUCGGAGAAUGACAACGAAAACCAAUCUACGACCGAGAUGUUCAAGGAUAUGUUAACUCAGAAGCGCAAUAUGCUACUCAGCAAACUGACGUCUUUCGACUCAGAGCCUGGCGGCGGUGGAGUUCACGGAUCAUCCGGUGCGCUGUCCGUGGCCAGUGAUGUGCUACCGCAGCAUCAAUCCGGUGGACCGUUAAUACCGUCGAUUUCUUGUCGAUCGACAGUCUCCGAUACGGAGUACGAGAAACAUCCAAAAGGAUCAUCCACUCUCAAAGACGCCAAAAAGAUGGCCGGUGGUUUAUUCACCGGCAAGUCAUCACUCAGUGCUGGCUUCCGCUACACCGGAGGCAGCCUAAUCCCAACCUCAAACUCUCCGUCUCCGGAUGCUCCUCGAGUUUACCUCUUCGAGGGCCUGGUCGGCAAGGAGCGAUCAAACGUGUGGGAUCAGAUGCAAUUUUGGGAAGAUGCCUUCCUCGAUGCCGUUAGUCAAGAACGGGACAUGAUCGGUAUGGAUCAAGGCCCCGGUGAGAUGAUGGAGCGAUACAAAUCUUUGUCGGAUUCGGAACGUAAGCGGCUAGAACACGACGAGGAUCGUCUGCUGUCAACUAUGUUGUACAACCUGACGGCCAUAUUGGUGAUGCUCAACUGUAACAAACUGGAGAUCAAACGGAAGAUACGGCGACUGCUGGGAAAAAGCCACAUUGGAUUUAUCUACGCUCAGGAAGUCAACCUUUUGCUCGAUCAGAUUAACAAUCUGCACGGCAACGACAUCGACCUCAAACCUUUGGGAUCACGACUGUUGCACCGGCAGAGUUUCACGGUGCAUCAAGGCGUGGAUGCAUCCGGACCGCUCCGAUUCAUGGAGGUUCGUGAUGACGGACUAGUGCUGCGAUCGGUCAACGGAACGAUCGUUGAGCGGUGGUGGUUCGAACGGUUGGUCAACAUGACAUACUCGCCCAAGACGCGCGUUCUGUGUCUCUGGCGCCGUAAUGGCGGACAAACUCAGCUGCACAAAUACUACACUAGAAAGUGCAAAGAGCUGUACGUUGCCAUCAAGGAAGCGAUGGAACGGGGAGGCUGCACCGGGCAGGGUCCGGAACUAGGUGGUGAGUUCCCCGUGCAGGAUCUGAACAGCGGUGAAGGUGGAUUGAUGCAGAUUUGCUUGGAAGGCGUUGGACUUUUGUUUGCGAACAGCAAGGACUUUGAGUUCUUCAUACGGCUGGAGCACAUUCGGAAAUGUUUCACCCAGAAGGGCGGAGUUUUCAUACUGGAAGAGUACAAUCCUAAAACGCGGCAGCUGAUCCAGCGGAAGUUUAUGUCAAAUCUGGCCGAUGACAUAUGCUAUUCUGUGCUGUGCGUCUUCUCGUAUGUAGCUGCCGGGCAAGAAUGGCAGAAAAAAUACCCCGCCAUCACCCUGGCCGGCCCAGCGGUGCAUGGAACGCAACAGGUAGUUUCAUUGACGACGACGACUGCUCAGCAACAGCAGCUGGUCACGCAACAGGCCCCUCCGGCAACUAAACUCACCACGCAACCUGUCCAACCUCCAACGCAGAGCAGUAGUCAAAAAGUGCAGCAGACUCAUCUGCCGCAGCAAAUUUCCCCCAAACUGCAGACCGUUAUCAGCAAACCUAUCCCGCAGCAGCAGCAACCACCGCCGCAGCAAAUCCAACAACCAGCUCAGCGACCUCCAGCACAGCAACCUCCACCGGUUAGCCCUGUACCUCAGCUGAAACAACCGCCAUCUCUUCCCGCCCGACCGGCUUCAUCAACAACAUCUUCAUCAUCACCAUCAUCGACGGGUUCCUCAGCGACAUCUUCGACCUCAUCGGAACCACCCAAAAUGAAAGCUCCCGUUCUUCCACCAUCGGCGGCGGUGGCGACAACCGGAUCCACUGGCCGCCUGCCACAGCAGUCAUCCCUCCCCAAUCGGGGUCCACCUCCAGCCAUUCCACCGCGGAUCGGCCUUGGCCAGAGGUCUGGAUCGGUGCAGAUACCGUCCUCCAGUUCAUCGGGCAGCGCCGCCCAUCAGAUACGGCAGCUCAAGCGGCAACAGUCGGCCGCAUCGCCACCCAAUCAAUCAUCGCCACCGAGUCAUUUCCAGUCCCAGCAACAGUUGCAACAACAGCAGCAGCAGCUACUGCAGCAACAACAGCAAUACCACCAGCAGAGGCAGAAUUCCAGGGGAUCGAUCAAUGCUUUCCGAAAGAAUUAGAUGUGGCAUGAGUGUUUUGGGUAGGUUAACUGGAUAUGUGCAAUCCAGUUGAAACUGAGCGGUCAGUGUAGGCAAUUGAGCUAGUAUGGGAAAACCCCGCACGAAAAGGGGAGGGCGUUAUUUGGGGUGACGAUUAAAUAGGUACAUGAUUAGUUUCCAAUGGAUUGGAUAUAUUUCUGAAUUGAAAUUUACCACUCUCAUUAGGACUUUGACUCAAAACAAAUCAGCAUCAAGGAAUAUAGUAAGUGUAGCAUGUCGACUUACGAUGACAUCGAGUCACUCGGGAAACACACCGUAGAAAUCAAUGUCAAAGAUGAACAUGUAGGAAAAACAAUCCCCACUCAGUAUAAUGUAUAUAGGCAGGUUAACGUUCAGUACUAAAGAACCCACAGCUCACAAAACGUAUCAAACCCGAUAACAACUCAUUCAAAGAAAGCCAGUUGAACUUAAUAAAACUGUACAAUGUAUAUUAGAUAGAUAAUUCAUUCAACGUAAACGUUUGAACACUACGACAUGUUGAAGGCAAUUGUUUGGUGCAUUGCAGAAUAGGUUCAGUCAGUGAAUGUGAACGAUUUCAUUCAAAAAUAUCAAAUAUGAUGACCAAUCUCCCGUCUGGGUCAUCUUCGUCGUCAUCGUCGUCCACCGACCGUCGAAGGACCAAUAAGCUACUAUCGUUCACUUUUGAUUGUACGCUGUAUGUUCUUUUUCCUAUCGUUGUAUUUUACAUUCGCCCGUAUGGAUUCAGUAUGCGGCUUUCGAGCCACGUGGAAGAGAUGCUUUAAAAGAGAAUUGUCUGUUAGGUUUAGAUGAGGAUACUGUACUGUUUGAACCGAGAUCGGCAAUAUGUUGAACGCUUAAAAUCUUUAAUUUAUGUCCGAUCAAAAGAUUGAGGUUAGGAAUACUGAUAGGGUAAAAUUUCAGAAGCUUCGCAAUCGUUGUUAAGAUAACAUGUUGAGUACGUCGGAUGGUUCAGAAGUGUGGAGUAGAACUAAUAAAAUGGUAUUGAAAAGGA